GCGCAGUCAAGUACGUAAUGCUCUAACUCCUUGUGUGUGUAUGUAUAUAUAUACGCACACAAGCGACUUGAGCUUCAAUCUCUUGUCUCAUUUCAUCGCUCUUGCAACAAAAAAAGAACAUUUUUUUGUCACGACCCAUCAAAUAUCUGAUCAGUUAUCGUCUGAAUCUCAUCCGGGAAUCGAUUGGGAGAGAUGCUAUUGAAGGCUAUGGCGUUUGCCCUGGUUCAAGCUUUGGUGUAUCUCAUACUCUCAAAAUCCUCGAGCUUGUUCUCGGAGAAGAAGACAAAGAGGCCGUACAGUUUCCGUCCGGCGAGGUCCGUCAGCAUUCGCCGGAUUCUUGCGGCGCUUCAGGACAUGCCUCCCGGCGGUGAGGCUUCUCCUUCUUCAAAGGGUUCCCUUGCUUCUCCUUCUUCGCAAGACGAAUCAUCAACGAUGUCGGAAUCUGUGACUGCAGUUUGAAAGUUUGGUGGUCAUGGGGCGUCAGAGAUUCUUCCUAUUAUUGUGUAGCUUUUUCAGAAACUUGCAGAAGAGUCGCCAUGUUCAAAGCUUUCAAGCUUUUCUCACUCCACCUGCUUCUUCUGCAGCGGAUAUUUGUUGGGAUUAUUUUUAUCAAUUAUGGACCAACCAUCUAAUCGAACAUUAUUAUUAUGUACUA